UGUGGGAAUUUUUCAAGGAUUUCAGAUAUCCACUAAUUAAAUCUAAUUAUUAUUUUUGCUUCCACAUGUGAGAUAAUCAAGUUGAUAAGAUAUCCCCAGUAAUGAUGUUCAUAGAAUGGGAAAUGAGAAUCAUAUGCAAAUGAGCUAAUCAUUAGAUAAGACUUACGUCUUGUUGCUGCUGCAAGCGCGGGAAGUCACAUGCAAUUGCCAUGCUAUGGUCUAUUGCAAAAUCGACAUUUCUUAUUAAUGUUAUCACAUGCUUUGGGCUGGUGAGGUAUCAAUUAUUAUGUUUCCUUGUUUAGCCUCCAUUAUAUUAGUACGAGAGAGACCUAACCCCUAAAUUAUUUUCAUUUUUUCGUCUUCGCUAUAACUUCUGAGACCAUCUCCAAGCCACAUCUAUUUCUAUCUCUAUAUUUUCCUCUAAAAUAGAGAAGUUGUAUUAUAGAGGUGAAAAUGCUCCAAUGUAUACCUCUAUAAUAGAGUUUCUCUAUUUAUAAAGGAAAAUAUAGAGAUAUGUUAUUUUCACCUCUAAAUAUAGUGGCAAAAAGUAAUUUUCCUCUAUAUUUUUUCCUAUAAAAUAGAAGAACUAUGUUAUAGAAGCAUACAUUGAAACAUUUUCACUUCUAUGAUAGAAAUUUCUAUUUUAGAGGAAAUUAUAUAGGUGUACAUUGGAGAUUCUCUAAGCAACGAAGCAUAGUGAAAAUACACAAAAGUCAUAUUCAACUGAUAUUAAUUUUACCGAUAUCUCAUUCUGAUCUAAAUAUUUUUUCAUUCAAACGAAAACAUGUGUUUAAAGGUUUGUAUUAGCAUCCUUCGUUUGCUUUUCUUACUCUGUUAAAUUAGCAUUCAUAUUAAAAUCCGUAUAAUACAUAUCGAAAAGAAAACAAAAAUUCGGUUGAAAAAAUUAAAGAGAUCUAAUGGUCGGUCCGUAAGCGAAACGUUGGAUUUGGCAACAAUUGAACAUGGCGAAGCGCUUUGCAAUGUGCAUUCACGUGUGAAAUGAUAUCCACAUGAUAACAUAAGAAAGAUCGAACGGUUUACGAAUAUUCGAGAUCACAUUGUAAACUCUCGACCGUGGAUCGUGACCCUCCUAAUUAAACGGCGUUUAAAACGGAGAACGUGGGAAGCGUCCGUCCAAGAAGAGGAGGAAGUACAUGUGAUGUGACAUGAACAUGAAGAUUAGUAUUGAUUAGUCACCCUUCGAUUCCAAAUCUGAAUUCAACAUUAUAUUUACAAGGAGUUCUUUUGUGGAAAGUUCCUCAUUCGUGCUUUAUUUCAUCAACUCCGUAAACUGGUACAGUAGUACUCUCUGUUUCUCAUGCUCUUAUUGUCCCAGAAUACAGGUAUGCUAUUGUUUUUGUGUGGUUUUUAUAUUCCCUUUUACAAAACUUCUUCUAAAAAUGUACGUAUAUUUUCAGUCAACAGAAAAUUAUCUAACUCGAUAUGAUGGCGGGAGAAAUACAAGAACCGCUUAACCUAAGCCUUCUGGAGAAUUCUAUUCACUCAGGAUCCGUUUCAUUUGGGAGAUUCGAGAAGGAAUCUUUAUCAUGGGAGAAGAGAUCAUCUUUCUCACACAAUAGAUAUCUAGAAGAGGCUGAGAGAUUCUCUAAGCCUGGGUCUGUUACUCAGAUGAGAGCUCAUUUCGAGGCUCAUUUUAAGAAAAAAGGAAUCAAACUUCCAAGUUCUGUAGAAGCUCAAACAUGGGGAGAAGUAGCUCAACAUCAUCAACAAACUGCUAGUGAGAAAGAAGAAAAUUUGUGGGAGAGUAUGAGUCAGUGUAGCCACUACAGCUAUGAACUAGACAAGUGUGAUAAAGAAAAGAGCUCAUUCGGCGAUUCUUGUUUGAGUUAUGAGUCUUAUGAUGAUCAUAGUUCUCUUUCUGUUGCUUCGGAGAAGAUUGGAAUUGGUUGCAGUGAGAGAAGUGUAGAGGAUAAAGCAGAAAUGAGUUUUCCCUCUGCAACUGCAUUGAAGUCUUUGAAAAAUGACCGGAAAGCUACUCCUAGUUAUGCGAAAACGACGAAAACUACUACCAAGAAGGAUGUUGUCAUAGCAAAGGGGUCUUCUAGUUGUAAUACUAAAACAAGUUUUGACACUAAGAGAGGAAAGGAAAUGAAGCCGGCGUUGAUUGUUAAAUCCAAUGCAUCUCAAGCUCCAGUAACAAAGAAAACUGAGAGCCUGACUCCUCUAGCUGCAAACAAGUUCAGGUCCAAGAACACUUUUGGUUCUGCUAUGAAAGAGAGAACAGCUACUAAUGGUUUCAGUUCAAGAAGCAGCGAGAGAGUCGAGAAGAGAAAAGAGGAAAAUGUGGAAGCCAUAGUGCAAAAAUCUCUCAACUUCAAAGCAAGACCAGUGCUUCUAGCUAGACCUCAAGACACGUCAAUAGGUCAAGAAAAGGUAAGAAAAGAUGCUCAAGCACAUUCAUCUAAAGCUAGUAGUAAUCGGUCAUUGGCAAAUGGAGCAGCCAAGAGUAAGCUCAAUAUUAACAAACAGAAGGUGGAUACACAGAGGAGUCUAACUGGGAUUAGACCAAAUAGCAGGGAUCAGACAGCGAAAAACAACGCAAACGGAAGGAGUUUGGCGGUUAGGCGCGCUGCGGUUGAGGUUGCUUUGUGAGCCAUUCACCGUUUAGUUGUGUUUGCGUUUGUGUUUCUAUGUUAUAAUGAUUAUAAUAUUAUACAAUAGAAACACAUAUAUAAUAAAACAAUCAGAGCUAGGGGCUCGCUUAUGUUAUAAUCAUCAUUCAAAUAAAUAAUCUCACAUUAUAAUUGUAAAAUGCAUUA